AUGCCGCCCAAGAGAGAAGCCGGAGGGUCCCCAUCUCAAGCACCGGCAAAGAUGCUAAAGAGCAACACGGUCCCAGAGGAGGCUAGUCCAAUGGAGGACAAGUUCGGCUUGGCCGAAGAGUCCGCUUACUCUCCAUUCCUCGGCACCGAGGAAUUUGAAGAGAUCGAAGUAGGUUCGGGUCCUGGCGUCAGAACCGACACCAUCAGCCUGCUGAUGAAGAUAGAACAGCUGCAGGCUCAACUCAAAUAUGAACGCAGGUGUCGAAUAUUGGCAGAGAGAGAGCUGAGGGAGCUGAAAGAGAUGAACACGCUCAUGAUGCAGAUGAGACACACGGCUCACGAGCUGCGAGCCACUCUGGAUCACGUCCUCCACGGCGGCGACCCGGUGAUGGAGCCGCACAACUCUCAAGACGAAGCCAUGUCUUUCCUGGCGGAGCACGAGGCCGACAUGGUAGCGGUGGGCGACAUGCCGGAGGACAAUCACGACUUCCUGUACCUCGCCGAGAACCUCAGAGUUCCAAGGAAUCUUUACGAGCGCGUGGCUGAAAUUGCAGACUACAAGAAGUACACCUCAGCGCUGCUAAUGAUGCUAUUUGACAGAGAGACCUUGGCCACGCACUCUCUGCAGGGACGUAGGAACACCAUCACUGGCGAGGAGUGCCACAAACCUCAGCUGCCACCCGAAAUCCUCAGAAGUAUCAUCGAUCACGUGGCGGGUAAGUUCGCCGUGGAUAGCAGCCAAAUCAAAACAGCCAUCAGGACCAAGUUGAACAACGAGGACAAACUGUUGAAGAAGAGACUGGGCUUGGUGAAAGAACACAAAGCUGGCAUAGAUGCAUCGUCACUCCUGGCUGACAACUCAUCGAUAUGAUGUCUUCCCCGGCCUUCAUCCUCUUCGUCUGCCUGUGUGUGUGUGUGCUUGCGUGUGUGCGUGUGUGUGUGCGUGCGUGUGUACCGUAACUGUGAAGAGGCGCCUCUGCUAAUUUGGAAUGUUCACUAGACAAGUAGUGCUUGCAUUAGGUUAUUUUCUAACUAUUUUAUAGGAUGCACUUUUUUAAAAAACAUGUAGAAAGUGUUACGUAACUUGGAGACCGACACAAAGUGUUUGAUGUUUAGAGCUCCACCAGUCUCCUAUUGGAGGUGUGUACACGCCAAGUAUCCCCUGCUGAGCUGACAAGAACACUAUUGACUUUCACAUCUCUCACUGACCACGUGAACACCAAACCUCACAACUUUUAUCGUCUUCUGUCCCAGCGAGAGACCCUGCUGGCUCUGCAUUGGCGGUGCCUGAAGGAGCCGAGGUCAAAGGCGGGGCUUUCACCCCUUUUUCUUAAAAGUAAUACUUAAGCUGGAUCUUCACUGUUUGAAUCAUCAGCCGCAUCAUUAGCUACACCUGCCAAACGACACAAAUAGAUAACAAUAAUCAUGUUUUACAUCUGAAAUUGGUGUCUUCCAAUGUAUAAAUCUUUAAAGGUCCAAGUUUCCGACUGGUUAGUGCUGCUACACUAUCAUAACAACACAGGCAGGUGUGCCUAAUGUUGUGGCCAUGCGUGUAUAUAUAUGCGCACAUAAACAAUAUCCGUUUGUUGUUGUCCUUUUUUGUCUUUGUGAUUCACUACAUAUGUGCCAAUAAUAAACUUUAGGAGUAGUUACUUGUGGACUGUUCUCCUUAUGACCAGCAGAUGUCAGUGUUAAACUGUUGCAUUAUUUCUGUAUAUUUGUGUGUACUAUCCUAUUUGUACCAUCAAACUCUUGAUGGCGGCUCCUCUCAGGGUUGCAGUUGUCAGAUCUUCAGGACAUUUAUUGUGGGAUCUUAAAGUUGUUGUGAGAUCUUAGAAAGUCCAUUGUGAUAUUUUCAUGAAGUUGUGAAAUCUUCAAAAAGUCAUAUUUGUAAUACGGUUGUCCCGAUACCAAUAUUUUUGUACUCGUACCAAAAUGUAUUUAGAUACUUUUUGGU